AUGGAUCCGUGCCCAUUUGUACGGAUCCUAGUCGGAGACUUGACCGUUAAGUAUCCCACGGCAUCCAGGCCAUCCUCCGCCACCGUCCACCCGUCGUCGUCCCCUUGCUUUUGCAAGAUCAAACUCACCAACUUCCCCCACCAAUCCUCUACAGUCCCUCUGAUCCUAAGCAACGGUCAAAACCUAGAUACGACGACCUACGAUCACUCCCUCUCCGCCUGCUUCAAUUUGAACAAAACCCAAAUCGAAAGCUUAGCCUCCAAGCGGCCCUGUUUGAAGCUUUCGAUCUACACGGGUGGGGUCGGCGCCACGUGCGGGUUACACAGCGGGAAAUUGUUAGGUCGGGUUAUAGUGCCGUUGUCGGAGCUGGGUUUGGCGGAGUCCAGACCCGUCGUGUAUCAGAACGGGUGGGUCGCCAUUGGAGGAGGGAAGAAGAAUGGCAGUGGGUCCUCGUCGGCGCAGUUGUUUUUGAGCGUCCGGGCGGAACCCGACCCGAGAUUCGUUUUCCAGUUCGACGGCGAGCCCGAGUGUAGCCCGCAGGUUUUUCAAGUGCAAGGGAAUGUGAAGCAGCCGGUGUUCACUUGCAAGUUUGGGUUCAGAGAUAUGCAAUCGAGGUCAAUAUCUUCAGAGCCAGGCACACCGAGAAAUUGGCUGCCUUUUGGUGGGGCCCACAAGGAGCAAAGCGCGAAGGAGCGAAAAGGGUGGUCCAUUACGAUCCACGACCUGUCCGGCUCGCCGGUGGCGGCGGCUUCCAUGGUGACGCCGUUCGUGGCCUCGCCCGGCUCACACUGCGUAAGCCGGUCCAACCCUGGGGCGUGGCUCAUCCUCCGACCGAACGAGGGCACGUGGCAACCGUGGGGCCGGCUCGAGUCGUGGCUCGAGCGCGGCGGGUCCGACACGGUCGGCUACAGGUUCGAGCUCCAGAACACGACGCUCGCGAACUCGACGCUCGGCGCGAAAACUGGCGGGAAAUUCUCGAUCGACCUGACGUCGAGCCUCACUCCAGCGAACAGCCCUCACAGCAGCUUCGACUUCGGGUCCGGAACGGGGUCGAGACCGGGAUCAGGAUCAGGGUCGGACUUCGGGUUCGGGUUAUUCCCACAGUUGAUUCAGAGAGGGUUUGUGAUGUCGUCGACGGUGGAGGGCGUCGGAAAGUGUAGCAAGCCGGAGGUGGAGGUCGGGGUGCAGCACGUGACCUGCACGGAGGACGCGGCUGCUUACGUGGCAUUGGCAGCGGCGAUGGAUCUGAGCAUGGAUGCUUGCCGGCCGUUUUCUCGGAAGCUCCGGAAGGAGCUAAGGCAGCAGUAG